GUCAGAUACAGCAUCAGUGCAGCAGUGUAGCAGUGCACCCCUCUCUCUCUCUCUCUGUCUUAGCUAGAGGUUGUUGGUUUGGUCCGUCUCUGUCCCUCUCUCUUUUCUCUCUCUCUCUCUCUAUCUCUGUCUCUGUGUUUUCGUUGCGUAUAAGAGAGAAAGCAAAGCGUAACUUAGCCAAAGGGAAUUUGCAGAGCGCUCAGUCUCAGAUAAUUAUUAGCCUCUUAAGAGAUAUAGAGAGAGAAAAAAAAAUAUAUUAGAUAUAUAGCUAGAGAAAGAGAGAAGAGGAAGUAAAAAAAGAGCAUGCCUGGGAGUUUAGAGCCGUUGGAUUUGGGUGUACAGAUUCCUUACCAUUUCAGGUGCCCGAUCUCCUUGGAGCUCAUGCGCGACCCCGUCACCGUAAGCACCGGUCAAACUUACGACCGACCGAGUAUUGAGUCAUGGGUGGCCACCGGUAAUACCACUUGUCCGGUUACUCGGUCCCCACUUACCGAUUUCACGCUCAUUCCUAACCACACGCUGCGAAGGCUCAUCCAGGAAUGGUGCGUCGCUAACCAGUCGUUUGGUGUCGAACGCAUUCCCACACCCAAACAACCCGCCGACCCGGCUUUGGUUCGGACCCUGCUCGCUCAGGCUUCGUCGGUUUCGGGUCCCGUUCCCUCUCGGCUCUCUGCUUUGCGGCGGCUCAGGGGACUUGCACGUGACUGCGAUAAGAACCGGUCGAUUAUUUCGUCGCACAACGCUCGCGAAAUCCUCGCCGAGAUCGUGUUCUCUAAUAAUAAUAUUAGCAAUACCGGUGCCGAUUCUUCCGAGUUGAGCCACGAGUCGCUCGCGCUCCUCGUGAUGUUUCCGCUCACCGAGUCGCAGUGCACGGCGGUCUCGUCGGACCCGGACCGCGUUGCAUAUCUGACUCACCUGCUGUUCCAUUCCUCAAUUGAGGUCCGAGUCAACUCGGCCGCUCUGAUCGAAAUCGUCGUGGCCGGAACUCGAACGCCGGAGCUCAGAGCUCAAAUCAGCAAUGUGGACGAGAUAUUCGAAGGCGUGAUCGAAAUUCUCAGGAAUCCGAUCGCUUAUCCGCGAGCUCUGAAAGUCGGAAUCAAGGCGUUGUUCGCCCUGUGCUUGGUGAAGCAGACGAGGCACAAAGCUGUGUCGGCGGGAGCGGCGGAGACUCUGAUAGACAGGUUGGCUGAUUUCGAGAAAUGCGACGCGGAGCGAGCCCUGGCGACUAUCGAGCUUCUGUGCCGGAUUCCGGCGGGAUGCGCUGCUUUCGUGGGGCAUGCGCUGACGGUGCCUCUGCUGGUGAAGAUAAUACUGAAGAUCUCGGACCGGGUGACGGAGUACGCGGCGGGAGCGCUGGUGUCGCUCUGCUCGUCGUCGGAGGAGAGCAAGAGAGAGGCAGUGGCGGCGGGGAUACUGACGCAGUUGCUGCUGCUGGUACAGAGCGAUUGCACGGACAGAGCCAAACGAAAGGCGCAACUGUUGCUGAAGCUUCUUCGGGAUUCGUGGCCCCAUGAUUCCAUCAGAAAUUCUGACGAUUUUGCUUGCAGUGAGGUCGUACUACCAUUUUGAGAUUUUCUUUUUCUCCUUUUUUUUUCAAUUUUUUUUUUCUUUUUUCAGUCUAAUCUCAACUUUUCUGAUUGUUAGUAAACAUCCAAGCCAAAAAAAAAAAAAAAAAAAAGAAAAAAUAUAAAAAAGAUUUAAAAAGAAAAUUGAGUUUGUAGAUGGGGUAUAUAGAAAAUUGUAAUUGUGUAUGUAAUUUUGUAUGUAAGAAUAUUUUGUUAAAAGUUUUAAGUUGAAAAUUAAAGCAGAUUAAAAAAAAAAAAAAA